UGAUAUUAUUCUAUUUACCUUUCGACUUUCGGUUUGAUCAAACAUAUUUUAAAUUUUUAUUCAAUUUUCCUUCAAUAAAUUUGUUCGUCAUAUCUUACUUAAAACCUAAGAGUCAUCAAUAUAAUUAUCUAGAAUUGAAAAAAAAGAAGGUAAAACGUCUUUUUAAAAACCAUGCUUUUAGAGUGUAAUAUUCUGGUAUAAAAAGCUUAUUUACGCAAUGUAAUGCUAUACAGGUACCUAUUUAAAUAACCCCUCUUUCAAACAUGUACGUUCUUGUAUGUGCUACGAUGAAUGUGUAAAAACUUGCGUAUUUAUGUGUUUACUACAAAAGAUAUUCUGCGAUUUUUAAGAAAAAUCGUCUUAAUUUAAUUUGUAAUUAGAUUUCCUUUUUUCUUUAAAAACAUCACACUUAUUUCAGAUUAUUUAUAGAUACACUGUACAUUUAAAUGUAGAGUAGGUCAACACUGUUUAAAUUUCAACUUUAUAUGGUCCCUGAUUUGCUCUUCCGAUAAAAUGGUUUUAUAAGACGUACAUGUAUUCUUUUUUUAUAAUUGUGAAUCAACUUGACAUGUCUAAAUAUGUCUGCAAGUGAAGGCAAAAGAACAAAGGCGAAGGCCAAAACUAUCAGUAGAGCACUGGAAUUCUGCAGUGGAUGUGUAAGUGCCACUACUCUGAAAGAAGCCAGGAACCACUUCUCCUUCCUCUCUGAUUUAGCUAAAAGCUUAGGAAUAUCUGUUAAAGAACAAUUGAAGACUCAAACUAGAGACACUAGAUUCCGUUAUUUGACAGAUGAUGAUAAGAGGCUUGGUGGGGCAUUGUUUGACACCCUAUAUAAAGUAGGAGACAGGGUAGAUCUUACGGAUGUUUGGCCUAAUUACCUUUUCCUUAUUGAAAUUUAUAAACGACAUCAAGGAAUCUCUAGCACUAGAGUUAGAGUAGAGGAGGUUAUGGACUCGAGAGAAAGUAAAACUGCCAUUAUUGCAAUCCUAGAGAAAUGUGAAUCGAUGGGAUAUGACAAGAAGCAGAUCAAAGAGGCUCGAAAACAGUACAGUUCUAUAAUGAGCAAUCCGCUUAGCUCCUUUGCUUCGGAGCUUCAGGCAAUUCAAGAAAAGAAUAAGAAAACAAAAAUUGAACCUCAACAUAUACUGCCAGCAUAUAUUAAGAAAGCACCGGAUCUCUAUCAUAUCAUUAGUGAUGCUUGGGGAAACAGACGUGAUAUUGCAGAUGACGCAAUCAAGGAAUUUUUCUUCAUAAUGCAAACAUAUCAUCGUUUAAAAGAGGAUCUUCCUAAGCCGACGACAAGUGAUGAAACAAAAAGUUCACGUACAACGACUGCUAGUUCAUCAGUAUCGUCAACAAAACGUCUCUCAACAAACUGUAUAGAGACUGUGUUAAAACGAUGUUCAAAGAAGUAUCAAACAGAUCUUGUGACAAAAGCCGAAGAAGAAUUUAAAAGACUAAAAAGAAUAGACAAGGAGUGCAAAGAUCGAAAGGAUUUGGAUAAACGUAAAAAUGAGUGGCACAUGAAGGGUUCAGAUGGACCUGCAGAAUUGUUGCGAUCUAUUCCACAGCCAGAAAGACCGCUUCAUAAACUUCUUCAACACGCAAAGGACGACAAUACGAUGGAGAGCGAACUAGCUCUAUUAGAAUACGCGUCUCUUCUUCACUCAGAAACUCUGUUUCAGGAAAUGGAAUGUCCAAAGGCCAUGAGUGAGCACGUAGCUAGAACAAGUACAUCUCGAUCUGUUAGCUGUCCAUCAGAAAGAAUUGGCAUCGGUGAUAUAUUGAAAAAAAUGAAAAAUAUUGUUAACCCUGAGGUGUAUAAAGAAGCAAGGGAGGAAUAUCAGAAGUUACAAGACAUAGAAAAAAUGAUAGCACGGGAUGACAGUUUGAGAGUAAGAAAACACAACUGGAAAAUCCAUGUAGCUGAUGGACCUUUGCGAUAUACUAAUGUGGAAAUUCCUAGUAGACCUCUUCACAUUGUCUUAAAUCGCGCACAGAAAGAAGGUGCUAAAGGAAGCGAGUUUGCUUUGUUGGAUUAUGGAUCCAUGCUGCACUCAGAAGUUCUCUACGACAGCAAGGACAAUAUGCCCCAGAUGGUGCAAAUGCCACAGGAAAUAAAGGAUACGAAAAAUAUUCAGACCGAGCAUCGGGAUCUUAAAAAUAUUAGAGAAAAAGAGUUUGUUAGUAGGGCUGCUGAUGUAGGUCAAGGGCAAAGGGAAUUGAAUAGAUCGCAAAUCGAUGACGAACGUAUAUUUAUGUUACAACAAGAAGUCGACAAGCUGAAAGAGCAGCUCAAUAUAAAAAACACAGAAAUUGAAGACUUAACAACAAGAUUGAGUCAAGCGGCGAGCAAUAGUUUGAUGUACAACAAUCCAAGCAUAGCUGAUCUGAGUGAUAAAAAUCGUCCUACAAAAUUAGGAGAACGCUUUGGACAGCUUUACGACAAUGAAUGGUCAGAAGCCUACGAAACUCUAAAAAUUUCAAUACCGACAGAAAAUGAUAUAUACUCUAUUCUUGCUGAUAUUGUCAAGGAUAUAUUCCAAUAUUGUGAAAAGGCGUUAAAACAACAGAUAGCAGACAUCAGACAUGAUCUGGAAAAAAGAACAAGGGAGCCCCGGUUUCUGUACGAGGAAAAGUCAUUCUCUGGGAUUGGAAAAACGGAUGAAAUGUUGAGUUGGAUGUGUGAAAAAUACGCUACCGAGUUUCAGAAAGGAAAUGCCGUGUAUUCAGUGCAAGGUUUGAUAAAGAUUUAUAAAGAUUAUUGUAAACAUAGACAAUUUUUAAGGACUUAUCCUGGUAUUAUGGAGAAGAUAGAGCCUUAUGUGGACCUUACAGUUGAGUUGUGUUGGUUGAUGUGUGCGCAGACUCCUCCGAUGCAGCUCCUCUUUGUAACUAAGAACGAUAAAGUUGAUAAAACUUACUUCCGGUGUAUGGGACACUCUGGAGAAAAAGCUGAUAUUUGUAUUUGGCCUGCAGUCUUACUCCACGACGGAGGACCGGUUGUUAUGAAGGGACAAGUGUUACCUUUGUAAAUUAAGAUUUGCAGUAAUUUAAUUUAUAUUAUUUUUUUUAAUUAUUUUUAAUGAUUACCUUUCAGUAUUUACUAAUUUAAUGAGAUCCACUACCAAGUUGACUACUAUUUAUAGUAAUUUGCUUGUAUC